UAAUCUUUCGUUCUUUUCUGCUACUAUUUUGAAAUGUUUAGGGUAGGUAUUAAUUAAUUAAUUAAUGGCUAAUUAAUAUCUAAGAAUUUCUGGGAAGGGAUCAAAUUCGAUUUUGGUCUAGUUUUGUCAUGAAUACGUUAACACCCUUCUGCAACGCCAUGCUUCGUGUGAAUCGUGUGAUUCAUGUGUAGUACCUCCAUUUGCUUUUGCCACCUAACCUCUGAUACUUUCAUUACCCUUUCUAUAUUUUCUAUGUUUCUGGUCACUCUCCAUCUUCUUCCAUCUUUCAAAGGAUACGAGUAACUAUCACAAAGUAAAAAUACACAAGAUCCGGGCUUGAUCAACCACCAUGUCUGACAAAGUCAACCAUGUUUUCAAGAAAUAUCUUCACCAGCUUCAGCACCAUCCCCUCAGAACCAAGGCAAUUACCGCAGCAGUUUUGGCUGGUUUUAGUGAUGCAGUUGCACAGAAGAUAUCUGGGGCCAAGAAACUUCAGUUGAGAAGGCUGCUUCUUUUCAUGCUCUAUGGUUUUGCCUACUCGGGACCCUUUGGACAUUUUCUCCACAAAUUGAUGGAUAAAAUUUUUAAGGGGCAGAAAGGCAAUGACACCGUUGCUAAGAAGGUGAUCCUUGAACAGAUAACCAGUUCCCCAUGGAACAACUUCUUUUUCAUGAUGUACUAUGGCUUGGUUAUAGAAGGAAGACCUUGGAGUACAGUCACAAACAAAGUUAAAAAGGAUUAUCCUUCUGUUCAAUUGACUGCAUGGAAGUUUUGGCCUGUAGUUGGUUGGGUGAAUUACCAGUAUAUGCCUCUGCAGCUCCGUGUUGUAUUUCACAGCUUUGUUGCUGCUUGCUGGGGAAUCUUUCUGAAUCUGAAAGCAAGGUCUGUUGCAAUUAAGAAUACGUAGGGCAAAUUUCAGACUUUUGGGUAAUUUUCUGCCUGCUUCCAAUGUAAAGUGGGAUGAAAAAUCUACCAUGGGAGCAUUCACGGAAGUUUGUUUGCCACAUUAGACUAUUCUUUUUAAUUUCCGCUGGCUGUCAUCACAGUUGAGUUGA